AGAAAUUUUCCAUAUUUCAGACAUGAAGUUUUUGGCCUUCGUACUCGUCGCCACCUUCAUUGGUGCACAGGCUGAUUUUGUCCGCCUGAAUCUGGACAAUGAAAUUUCGGCUCUCGUGAACGAAGUCAAUUCUCCACGCCAUGUCCGCGAAACCAACCCCCUCACAAGAGCCACCCAGACUGCCCUGGGUCAGGUACUGGAGGAGAAACUGAAGAAUAUCACAGACAAAAUCAACGGUCUUGUGGCAACCGGUCACGUGGUCGGCAAGGGCCUGCUAGAGCAGGCUAAGCAGGUGGCAGACCAACUUAAAGAAAUGGGCGGCAAAUACUUGACCGACGCUAAGGCUAUCCUAAGCACACUGAAGAGUCAAUUUUCUGGCUGGUUCCAAGGCUUUUUGGACGCAUUCGGUGGUCUUUUCGGCAAGCGUGAUUUGUUUGAAAACUUCGAAGAAGAACUUUUGGAUGAGACCGUGGCACUGGUUUUGGCUGACCGUGGUGUAGCUGAAUGGUGGCAGGGAGUGAAGGACACUUUGUCCCAGGUUCUGGGAGGAUUCACCUCCAAGUUCGCUGAUCUCCAAGUCUUCGUCAAACAGUACGCUGGAGAUCUGUGGAGCAAAGUCAAGGGACACUUCGACAACGUCAAGCUCAUCGCCCAAGAGUACCUUGCCCAUGCCAAAGAUGCUAGCCUUGCCGUCACCAAGGAACUUCUGGAGUUCUUGGAGCCUUACAAGCAGGAUCUUGGAAGUCUGUGGACACAGGUGGUGCAAGCUGCCUACAACGCCAAGCACAUUGUCUUGACCGGAUCUACUCCACCCCCUGUGCCCCCAACUGCUGCUGCUGUGGAGGACGAGAUCCAGGCUGCCGUUCGUGCUUUCAGGUCUGUUUUUGAUGAGGAGAUCAGCAAGCGUGAUUUGGACGAGGAGAAGAGAGCGCAAGAGAGGACUUCUAGAUUGGUGGGCGAAAGUAAAAGACACAUUGGGUGAUGUAAUGAAAAGCUUCAAGGGGAAAUAUGCUAACCUUGUAGCAUACGUGAAGGGAAAGCUUGGUGAAGCCGUGAAUCAGACCAGAUUCUAGGUGCCCUCACUGCCCAAGCCAAGCAGUCCAUUGAGGACGGCCUUAAGUCCCUAAGUGGCCUGAAGGACAAGUUCACCGCUGCUUUUAAGGAUCUUGCCGACAAUUUCUUCAAGGGACUCCAGAGUCUUUUUGCAAGAGAGGACUUCGAGAUUGGUGGGCGAAAGUAAAAGACACCUUAAAUGACGUAUUGAACAACCUCAAGGUGAAAUAUGCUGACCUUGUAGCAUACGUGCAGGAGAAGCUUGGUGACGCUGUGAACCAGACCAAAGGACAUCUUGAAAAUAUCAAACUUAUGACCACAACCGUCCUACAAAAUGCUCAACAGGCCGGUCUUGAUAAGCUCGAGGGACUUAAACAGGUUGUGGCUCCUUACAAGUCCGAUCUGGGGGAUUUGUGGCAACAGCUUCUGGAUGCCAUUGCUCAGGCUAAGGCUGCUUUACCUGGAUACUAAACAACUUCAACUUAUACGUUUUAAAGGAUCCAGUGUAACUUAAUUUUGUAAUAAUGUCAAUU